AUGCAGGGAAAGAAGCCGGGCGGUUCGUCGGGCGGCGGCCGGAGCGGCGAGCUGCAGGGGGACGAGGCGCAGAGGAACAAGAAGAAGAAAAAGAAGGUGUCCUGCUUCUCCAAUAUCAAGAUCUUCUUGGUGUCCGAGUGCGCCCUGAUGCUGGCGCAGGGCACUGUGGGCGCCUACCUGGUCAGCGUCCUGACCACGCUGGAGCGGAGGUUCAACCUGCAGAGCGCCGACGUGGGCGUGAUCGCCAGCAGCUUUGAGAUCGGCAACCUGGCGCUCAUCCUCUUCGUGAGCUACUUUGGGGCGCGCGGGCACCGGCCGCGCCUCAUCGGCUGCGGCGGCAUCGUCAUGGCGCUGGGCGCGCUGCUGUCCGCGCUGCCCGAGUUCCUCACCCACCAGUACAAGUACGAGGCGGGCGAGAUCCGGUGGGCGGCCGAGGGCCGCGACGUGUGUGCCGCCAACGGCUCGGGCGGCGACGAGGGGCCGGACCCCGAUCUCAUCUGCCGCAACCGGACGGCCACCAACAUGAUGUACUUGCUGCUCAUUGGGGCCCAGGUGCUCCUGGGCAUCGGUGCUACCCCUGUGCAGCCCCUGGGGGUCUCCUACAUCGACGACCACGUGCGGAGGAAGGACUCCUCGCUCUACAUAGGAAUCCUGUUCACAAUGCUGGUAUUUGGACCAGCCUGUGGAUUUAUCCUGGGCUCUUUCUGUACCAAAAUCUAUGUGGAUGCAGUCUUCAUUGACACAAGUAACCUGGACAUCACUCCGGACGACCCCCGCUGGAUCGGAGCCUGGUGGGGUGGCUUCCUGCUCUGCGGUGCCUUACUCUUCUUCUCUUCCCUCUUGAUGUUCGGGUUUCCACAGUCCCUGGCCCCGCACUCAGACCCCGCCAUGGAGAGCGAGCAGGCCAUGCUCCCCGAAAGAGAGUACGAGCGGCACAAGCCCAGCAAUGGGGUCCUGAGGCUCCCCCUGGAGCCGGACAGCAGCGCCUCCUGCUUCCAGCAGCUGAGAGUGAUCCCGAAGGUCACCAAGCACCUGCUCUCAAACCCCGUGUUCACCUGCAUCGUGCUGGCUGCCUGCAUGGAGAUUGCAGUGGUGGCCGGCUUUGCUGCCUUCUUGGGGAAGUACCUGGAGCAGCAGUUUAACCUCACCACCUCUUCUGCCAACCAGCUGCUCGGGAUGACUGCGAUCCCCUGCGCCUGUCUGGGCAUCUUCCUGGGCGGCCUCCUGGUGAAGAAGCUCAGCCUGUCUGCGCUCGGGGCCAUCCGGAUGGCCAUGCUCGUCAACCUGGUGUCCACGGCUUGCUACGUCUCCUUCCUCUUCCUGGGCUGCGACACGGGCCCCGUGGCUGGGGUUACUGUUCCCUAUGGAAACAACUCAGCACCCGGCUCAGCCCUGGACCCUUACUCGCCCUGCAAUAAAAACUGUGAAUGCCAAACUGAUUCCUUCACUCCAGUGUGUGGGGCAGAUGGGAUCACCUACCUGUCUGCCUGCUUCGCUGGCUGCAACAGCACGAAUCUCACCGGCUGUGCGUGCCUCACUGGCGUGCCCCCUGAGAACGCGACUGUGCUUCCCGGGAAAUGCCCCAGCCCCGGCUGCCAAGAGGCCUUCCUCACCUUCCUGUGCGUGAUGUGUGCCUGCAGCAUGAUCGGUGCUAUGGCACAGACGCCCUCCGUCAUCAUCCUCAUCAGGACAGUCAACCCUGAACUCAAGUCUUAUGCCCUGGGUGUUCUUUUUCUCCUCCUUCGUUUGUUGGGCUUCAUCCCCCCACCCCUCAUCUUUGGGGCCGGCAUCGACUCCACCUGCCUGUUCUGGAGCACGUUCUGUGGGGAGCAAGGCGCCUGCGCCCUCUACGACAACGUGGUCUACCGCUACCUGUACGUCAGCAUCGCCAUCGCGCUCAAGUCCUUUGCGUUCCUCCUCUACACGACCACGUGGCAGUGCCUGAGGAAAAACUAUAAACGAUACAUCAAAAACCACGAGGGCGGGCUGAGCACCAGUGAGUUCUUUGCCUCUACUCUGACCCUAGACAAUCUGGGGAGGGACCCUGUGCCCGCAAACCAGACACAUAGGACAAAAUUUAUCUAUAACCUUGAAGAUCAUGAGUGGUGUGAAAACAUGGAGUCCGUUUUAUAGUGACAAAAGAGGGCUGGACUCGGUCAAAGAGUCAUUUUUCUUACAAAAAACAGAAAAAAAGGUUUAAAAAAAAUGCAAUACACACAGAGACACAUGUGCACACCCACACGCCACCUUUAUCCUUUUUUCGCAAAGUCAGAGCCAGACAGGAUUCAGAAUAAGGAGAGCGUGGGAUCCCGUGUUUGGGAGGACAUGCGUUCCGCCGGGGUCAGAGUCUGCUCUCUGAAGGCGCUGCUCGGUGUUCAGGAUGCCAACAGCCACGAGCAACAGGCACUGCCAGAGUCAGGGAACAGUGGUGGCCCGCUUGGAGGACGGACGUUUCUGGAUAUACAUACACAUACAAAACAGAAAACAACAUUAAAAAAAAAAAAAAAAGCAACGACAAACAAGAAGUCUACUAAACAAACACAAGUUGACAACUAGUGACAUACCCAGGCUAAGCACUAGUGACGCACCCCGAGCCACCUCCUCCCUCCAUGGGGGGGGUGGGAAGUUGCGCCAGUUGGUGGAGCGGAAGCCCCACUCCCCUCUUUAACUUUUGCAAUAUGGGCACCCCGUCUGCCUGUGUGAUUCAGGGCCCCCGAGUUCUCUCAGCGAUGAUAACGGGUGAUCUGUGCUGGAGUCUGUAAUUGGCACCUCUCACCGGCUCCAUUUCCAUAAUCAAGACUGGGGGCCUGGAGGUGGAGGGAGCCGGGUUUGGGGGCCCAGCACCUAACCUUCCCUCGGCAGUGGGUGCCCACCUCCCCCAGCCCCACAGAGUGACCUCAGGAAGCAGAGGGCUUCACCAGGCUAUGACUGACACCGCUCAGAGCCGUGGAGACCCAACUUAGUCCAAGUCAUUUGCUUACAUUUGCCAAACAUUUGCCAUUUUUUUACAAAAAAAAAACAAAAAACAAAAAACAAAAAACAAUGCAUAUGGAUUUCAAACUGUUGUAUGUAUAAUCCUCUAAUACUAUUUUUAACUACGUCUCAAACCUGUGUUAACCCUUCAGUCACUAACACAGUUCUGUAGGCCAAAUUUAUUAUGCUGGUGGCUUUUAAUUUUCUCCUUUUUUAAUGCACCAAAAAAUAUAUAAUGUGAUUCAAGGGAUGCAAUUAAUCUAUUGUAAUUUUUUAUCAUUUUCUCUUCAUUUGGAUAUUCUACAAAAACAAUAAGGAAAUAUGGUGUGUACCAAGAAGAGGGAAUACAUGCUUCAAAAAGAGAGUGUAUAUGCAGCCAGCCUUUAAAAGAAUCACAUUUGAGACAACAGGGGAUAAUGUGAUGAAUUGCAAAUUUGCCUUCUUACUUUAUGCCCCACGAUUCAGUGAUCACCAUCAGGGGAAAGCCUUUUAUAUUUAUAAUCCACUUUCUAAGAGGCAUUCUCUUCUGCCUCUGGAGGUACACACUUAGAUGUGGGUUUGCGGGGAGGGAGUCCGUAUACAGGUGCAAAGUAUAGAGAGAAAGAAAGGUUCUUUCUUGGUGGAGCAGUGGGGUGUCAGUGAAAAUGAAUUGACCCACAAGCUCCUGGAAGCUAGCUACAGCAUGUCCAAUGCAUGAAAACAUCCAUAAUGUUUUCAGGGUCAGUCUUGACCUUUGUCUGUGUGUUUUGAAAGUGGCUGAAUCUUGAACAGCUAGAGAAAGAACCUGUCAAGGUUUGGGAUAAGAAUCAUGUGGAAAACCUCUUGCAGCCAGCAAACUAAGCCUUGCAAGGCCAUUUCCGUAAAGGGGCAGGGCUUACGUGUACACACACACACACACACACACACACACACACACACACACACAUGCACUGACAGAAACUUGAGUUGACUUGCCCUCAUGCGCCAUCAGUGAGCUUCAUCCAUGCCACCCUCAUUGCCCUGGAAAAGCUCUUGAGGGUUGGUUUGUUUCUUCACCUCACACAUAUAUUUACAGUUCACCCACACAGCCACAAAAGAAUCAGGAAAGAAGAGAAGAGAGGGGGAACGUGCCACUUUCCUAACAAACACUCCAACUGGGGAGAUUUGAGCAAUAGCCCAAAAUUAGAGAAAGCACCUGGCAAGGACAACCCAAAAAAGAAGUUUGUGUCAUGCUGCCUGGGAGAUGAUGCUUCCAGAACAGUCAUUUCAUAUGUUUAGUUUUAGUCUGUCUUGGUUUCUGAAAAUGAGGGCACUUAUCAGUAUGUUAACUAGCGAACAAGGGGAUGGUUUUCUAGCCAAUUCAUAAAAUAUGUAUGCUCUGUUGCUUCUAAGGCUUUGAUUAUAUUCUGUACAGAUUUUGGUUUAGUUUUGUUUUGAAACUAUUGCUAAUAGGUCACUGCCCUCAUUUAUUACUGCGAAGCCUUCCAAACUCAGUACACCCACAGCGAGGCCUAUGGCCUAGUAUACUGUAGGGCUAUUUGCUUAAAAAAAAUUUUUUUGUAAAACCCUUUGCAUUUUGGAUUUAUGUUUUCUAAAGAGUAAAGAAUGAAUGAGAAUAAGAUGUUAGGUUGACAAAACAACUCCAGGGCAAAGUUUUAUCAACAGUUGGAUGUAAAUUUAAAGUCUCCUACUGAAAGAUGCCUCUCAAGCGUGUGGUGUUGCCUUUUAUGAUUUUAACUUCUCUCUCAUACUACAGAACAGAAAACCCAAUCUAGUUUUAUUUUUCCUUUUGUGCUGCCAAGAACCGUUGUACAUAUAAUGAUAAAUCGGGCCCCUUGGUUAUUUGUUUGGUUUUGAGGGGUAUUUUUGAAUGAGAAGAUUUCCUGGUUAAGAUCUCCAUUGGACUUGAAGAAAACAAAAAUGUGAGGGAUGGAAUAAAUCUAGAAGGUGAAUGCUAGAGUUCUCUCUCUCAUGCUACAAACUCCUCCACCAUCUUAGCUGAACAUACCCAGAGAUGGAUGAAAAAUUCUUUGUUGGAACUUUUGACAGAUCUUUUUAACUCUAUGUACAAACCAAGAAGUUUUUACCAAUAUUAUUCUGCAUAUGAAGUAAACACGUUUUGUAAAA